AAGUGGCCAGGUACCACUCUUCUAACAUCAGCAGUACACACUUAGUAUUUAUGUAGCAAGGAUGACAAAAUGUCAUUUCAAAGGAUCAGCAAAAAAACAAAUGUUGGAACGAAAAAGAAGAGAACCAAGAAGCAACCAGCUUGGGAUGAUACAGUUUCAGAUCUCACAGUGCACAAAAUGAGCCCAGAUGAACAGAUAAGGAGGAAGCAGGUUCAUAGGUCAAGUAACCUUGAGGCAGUUAGAAGUGAAAAGGUGGCCAAGACAUUGAGAAGAGCUCGAACCAAUAGUUUAGAUGAUUCAAAAAGUGCCUUCCUGCGGGAGGUCCUCUACGACCAAGCGCAGCUAAGUGAUGUCAUUGCCCACAGUGAUCGUGUCAUGUCAGUAGUGAAAGACCUGUUUGCAGACGAUCCACGUCGACGUGAGGCCAUUCCAAACGUGACCCUUGCUCCUCAGAUCUCUAACACACAUGAGAGAUUGCAGGGACCAGUAUUUGUGCGGCCACACACAGACAGUCAGCUCACCACUCUCAGCGAGUCUGUAAUGAAUGCCUAUGCUCUGAACGAAGUCACCAGUUCUAGCCAAGAUUCUACAUUAGAACAUCUGUCUUCAGAUGAAGAGAAGGAGAAUAUUCCAAAAGACUUUCCUGGAAAGGUUGUUGACAUGGACAGGUUUCAGAGGUUCAUAAAAUCACAACAGAAAAAUGCUUCACAACCUGAUGUGCAGAUACUUCCUGAAAGAGGUCCAAGGAGCAAAAUAAUUUUUGAUAUUGGUAACAUAAGGAAAAAAAGUGGUGGCAUAAAGACACCAGAACCAGGAGAUGUGUCAGUAGAUUUAACAGGUGAAACAUUGGCAAUCAAUGAUACUACAAAAGUGAAAAAGAAGAGUCAAAGUAGAAUUGAUCAGGAGCUGGCCAAUCAGAAGGCAGCGCAGAAUGAUGCGAAUGAUUUAACUAAGGUUAUGCAGGGCCUUCAGCAAGAUAUUUCCACCUAUGAGGAGCAGAGUGGCAGAAGGUCAUCACAAAUAUCCUCUGGUGACAUGGAUAAUAACUCAGGAGUUGGAUACACUGCAACACUGCUAAACACCAUCAGGAGACUGGUUGGUUACUUAACCCAGAGUGACCUUCAGCUACAAGAAGAACGUAAUCAUAGAAUCUUAUUACAAGAGCAGUUACACCACCAACAGUCUCUCAUUGAUGUUCUCACUGUAGAUGUUAUGAACAUAAAGGACCAGUUUAUGAAUUUAAACAUCAAUGAUGGAACUCAUCAACAAGCUAAUCUACAUGACCCCAUUCUGGCAACACCAUAUGAACAUGAAGUACAAGAAGGUUCACAUCAGCAAAGUCCAGUGCCACACAAGACACAGGUAAAGGCGCAAGAUACUCAUGAGAAACCUUUAAACAUUCAUGAUGGUAAUGGUCCAGACAAUACUGAAGAAGCUAUCUCUAGUAGUACUUUACCCAGCAAACCUCCUCCAACUGAUGUCAUACAUGGAUGGACUCCUGAAUGGUCUCAGAAUAUUGAAGCUGCAACAUUGCCUGGUGGUAGAUCUCUGAAAGAUCUAAUGUAUGUUGGUAGGCUGAGCCAUGUCCAGCCAGCGUCAACAGCUCUUCUGUUGUCACCCCCAAGGCAGAAGGAUCGAAGCAUGCUAUCACACCCUCAAGGUAUAAAACAUCCCCACAGGAACCUUCGUGAUGAAAGACUGGAAAUGUCCAAAAUAGAUUUUAAACCCCCUCAAACUGCCAGCGAUCUUUUGUAUGACAGGAGUCUUCCUUUGCAAGGCAUUGGAAUUAAUGAUACUUCUCAUGGCACUAAACUGACUUCAUCAGUAUAUCAAAGUGGAAGGGAAAGUCCUCCCUCUGGCAAAGAUGCACCGACCAAUCUCAAUUCUGUAGUACAGGACAACCAUCCACAGACUGCUUCUGCUACCCAGGAUAUCAUAUAUGAUCAUGGAGUUUUCCCGAUCCUGCAAACAUCACUUGCCCCAGCAUCAAAUGUAUCAGAUGCCCAGUUGGACAUCACCCGCAGAAUGCAAGCACUUUCCCAUCAGCAUGCCCAAGCUAAGCUUCGGCUAGCUCAACUUCAGACUGAAUCUCUGGUACUCUCACCAGCUGUCUCACCGAUCCCUUUCCAGGUUGAAAGUCAACAACCACACUCUACUGCUGAAGGAAAUCAAGGUCAAAGAAUAACUGUGUCUCUUCCAAGGGUUGAAGAGUUAGAGAUCUCGGCCACUAGCACACCAUCACCAAAGAGCAACUUAAGUGAACUGAAAAAAAGGCAAAGCUCAAGUAGAGGAAAUGCUGGCAAAUUCUCCUCUAAACAACGUAUACCAACUACCAUCCACCAGGGGAGCACACCCCUAGCAGAUUCUCGGAAAAAGGGGACCGACGAAGGAUUCUUUGCACUCACAGCACAUGUUGGCAGCUGAACAUCAAUCAUCUAAUAUCUCUGGAUUUGAAUAAUAUACUGUACUGUCUAAUUUCUGAUUAAACAUUUAUAUUGCCGAGUAUUGCCCCUAAAAUAAUGUUAUUUAAAAUUCAAUGUGAUAUGUCAUGCUUCCCGUCUUCAUCCGCACACUUGCAAGAUCACAGAAUUUCUUAUUUAAAAAAGAACCAACAUAAUGCAAUUUAUAUAACAAUAAUAAUAAUAAUAAUAAUCUGUACAGAAAACAUAAUUACGUAUGUAUAUAAAAGUGUGAAAUUAAAUGAUUUUCUAUUGAAUUUUCACAUAGCUAAUA